AUGCCAUUGAAGAACAACAAGGAUCCCAAAAAGAAACCGGAUAAAAAUGCCAACAAAGGGGGCCAGAAUAACGCGGGUGACAAGAAGCCGAAGAAGAAGGAGCGUGAGACUAAAAACAUCCAUGUAUGCGUGUGCGGUCUGUCCAGAGUUGUAGAUUUGUACCUGAGACAGGUAAAUAACUUGUCUUGUACUACGGAAAAAUAUAUUGUGUACAUUGAUCCCACCCGUGGGAGUGAUGAGGAUGGUAGAAUAAAUGCUACAAACGGGGAUCUCCUUCUCUGUGUCUACGAUGUUCGUGACCCCAGUUCUGUCACCUAUCUGACGGAUAGGAUUAUGCCUUAUUUGAGAGGUGGAAACUGGAAAAUGGGCAUAGCCGGAUUGGGAGUAGAGAACCGAACCGGAGGAUCGGGCGAAACCGAUGUGUUCACAGCCAGUCGACUGGCUAGACAAUAUGGAGCUCACGGCACUGAGUUAGUCUGCUGUGAUGGGAACCAAAUGGCAGCGGGCACACUUGCGCUUUAUGGACAAGUCUGUCCAGAGGAGUUUGAAGAGGAAGAGGAUGAGGACGAGAAUGACAAAGAUAAAGACAAGGAUAAGAACAAGGGCAAGAAGCCUAAACCCUAA